GUCAAAGGUUAACAUGGCGAAAAGUUGUUAGCAAUCUGUCAACAAUGAUUGUAUUUACAGUAUUAGUUGAGUUAUAUGUUAAGAUGUAAAUGAAAACAUUAAUGGGUAUGGCCUAGAUAAACUGAUUCAGAAAGUGAGAAAUCGAAGAGUUUUAUCAUCAUGAGCACUACAGCAAGAGGUAAUAAAGAUGCGGAAAAAGCAAACCAGGAACUAAUCGCUUCUCUCAAAUUCAAAGUGAAAGAGCUUGAACAUGAAGUAUCCACAUUGAGAGGAAGACUGGAUGAUUUAAGGAAAGCAAAGAAUACAACCAUCACAAAACGAGAGAGAGAAGUUGUUGAAGUUGGAUUUAAGAGAGAUCCAAGAUAUGAAGCUAAGUUAGCUGAGCUUGAAAAACAGAUCAGAGAUAAAUCUGCUUCAAAGAACAGAGAAAUUGAAGAACUUAAGAGAAAACAUGCAGAGGAAUUGGAAGCACAAAAUAAAAAGCAGAAAGACCUGCAGAAACAGCUUGAUGAGCUGUAUCAGAGGAUGGAAAAAGAGAGAAAAGAUUUGAUGGACAGACUUGAUAAGCAAAAAUCUACGCCAGCAUGUAAUCAUGAAGAUGAAUUGUACAAGUUAAGAACAAAAGUGGCUGAGUUAGAGGGAGACAAAUCUGCACUGGUGUUGGAAAACAAAGAUCUGACUGAAAGAGUUAAUGCCCUUCAUCUAGAAUUGAGCGUCAAGGAAGCCAAAUGGUGUGAAAAGGAGGAACAGUACAACCUUAAGUUGAAACAGCAGUGGGGAGAUAAGUAUGAAGAAUGGAUGAGAGAAACAGAGAAGAAGAUAAAUGAACUCCAGGAAGCUAAUCAGUUAUUACGUAUGUAUCUUCACAGAUCAGGUCAAAGGUUACCACCUGAAGCUGGUGGGGGUGAACAGAGUUGAAAAUACUUGUGAAACAACUGUAAAUAGCAGCAAAACCAAGAUCUGCCAUCAUUAUUAUUAUAAUGAGUAUAACUGAAUAUUCAUCAUCAUCAUUUUGUCAUCCAUCAUCAUUAUCAUCAUUUUUGCCAUCAUUCCUGUCGUUGAAAAUUUCCUGUCAUUUUCAACAUAAUCAUCAUCCUUUGUCUGACCAUAAUUUUCAUCGUCAUUUUCAUACUAGUCUUAUACUAUAUCAUCAUCAUUAUUGUCAUCAUUUUCUUACCAUAAUUUUCAUCCCUGACAUUCAUGCUGUAUCAUAAUCAUUAUCAUCAACACUUGUGUUCCUGUUUUUAGUUUGACUUUUGGAAGAAAAAGUAGAGCUAUUACGCUCGCCCCAGCGUCUCCAUCGCCAUUGGUUAAAGCUUUUGAUAAAGUCAGUUAUCUCUGUUAUUAUCAAAGCUAUUGACUUGAAACUUAAAAAAGUUAUUUACUAUCAAAGUCUACACCAGGAGAAACAAUCCCCACAACUCUGCUUUAAAUUUUGACAGAGUUAUGGCCCUUUUUAACUUAGAUUUUUUGUGCCCCCCCCCCCCCCCUCGAUGAGGGGUGGGGACAUAUAGAUAUGCUCUUGUCCGUCCGUCCUUCCAAGAAUGUUGUGUAGCGCCUAGCUCCAAAAGUAUUUGACGUAGUGUCACAAAACUUUACAGGAAUGUUGGUCAGCAUGUGUAGUUGUGCACCUGGGGUUUCGCGUCCGGAUUCAUUCAGUCGUGUAGGAGUUAUGGCCCCUGACUUUGUAAAAAUUGGUCAUUUUAGUGUUGUGUCGCGCCUAGCUCCAAAAGUAUUUGACGUAGAGUCACAACACUUUACAGGAAUGUUGGUCAGCAUGUGUAGUUGUGCACCUGGGGUUUCGCGUCUGGAUUCAUUCAGUCGUGUAGGAGUUAUGGCCCCUGACUUAGUUAAAAAUUGGUCAUUUUAAUGUUGUGUCGCGCGUAGCUCCAAAAGUAUUUGACCUAGAGUCACCGAAGUUUACAGGAAUGUUGGUCAGCAUGUGCAUUUGUGCACCCGGUGUUUCGCAUCCGGAUUCAUUCAGUAUUGUAGGAGUUAUGGCCCCUGACCUAGGAAAAAAUUGUCAUUUUAAUGUUUUGUCGUGUGUAGCUCCGAAAAUAUUUUACCUACAGUCAUUAUUUCACUACACAAGACCAGACUUCUUGUAUAGACUUACUCAAAAAAAAAAGUUUGUGAAACAUGUAUCAUGUUAAAAUGUACUUGACCUAGAAUCAUAAAACAUUAGAGGAUUGUUUUCUCUUUAGGAUUUUACUCAGCUAGGCCAGAGUUAUGGCCAACUAAGUGAAAAAUACACAUAAGGUUCUUAAAAGUUUGUGUUGCAAAUAUCUUAAAAAUUGUUUAACCUGAGUCAUUAAACCAUGUUACAAUGGCACGAGUGGGGGCACCUGUGUCCUAUGGACACACAUCUAGUUUUGUUAAAGUUUUAUGAAGUUUUUACUGGCAAAGCUCUAAUUCAGUGGCACCGAGAAAAGUCAAGCAUACUGUCUUACAGACAGCUCUUGUUUUGGUUUCUGUUUGCAUCAGUUUGUACCAUCAUCAUUUCUAGCAUAAUUUUUAUUUUUACCAUUGUUACUAUUAUCAUAAUCCUUUCAUAAUUUAUUGUUUCCAUUAAAAUCUUUAUACUGUCAGUAUGCAUCCUCAUCAUCAUCAUCAGCAGCAGCAGCAGCAGCAUCACAGAAACCAUUCAGUCAUUAUUGAUCAGACUAUCAGUGACUUUAUUUAAUUUGAAUUCUCGGGCACAUGGAAAUGUUUGUCAUUUUGUGGUCUCAGACCUUACUGUGUUUAUACAAAAUUGUGUUCCAACUUUAUUAAUAUAAUAACAACUAACUUGGUAAUAGUGUUGGGUAUUUUCAUGUUGUACCUUCAUAAAGCUAUAAUGAAAACAUGUUUAUGAAUUAUUUUUAUGUCUACUUCAAAUUUGAACGGGUUCGAGGUUACAAAAUCGAGUUUGGAAUCUAGACCAAAAUCUUCAGUUUUAAGGGUCUUCCCACAUGUUUUUGGCAAAAAAAAAUUUCUGUCAAAAAUCCAUAAAAAGUGAGUCUCUGAAAGUGACUACCUAGUGGUGCAAACUUACUGGCAUAAGAGUUCUGCAAGAUAUUCUUAUAAAUAACCGAAAAGAUUGUGUAAAAGGUAGUAAACCGUUGCCACGCUUUUAAAAUAUUGCAGAAAAUUUGCAUUCUUCUUGCUUUUUUACCAAUACCUAACUUUUAUUUUCACCCACUUAAUCAUUUUUAGUGUCAUAUUACAUACAUUCUAUGGCAAACAGUCAAACUUAAAAUGUAUGUCUACCAUAGUGUAUGAGAAAUUGAUACCAGAUACCCACUGUUGGCCAUAAAUUUUGUUUAAUAUAAACUAUGGUCUGCCUUUGGUUUCAGUUUAAGAUAUAAUUAUCAAAUUAUAUACAUAGGUACAUUGUAUUUUUAUUCACAAGCUUGGGAUAUGCAACCAGCCAAGGGAGUUAUAUAAUCGGACUGCUUUAAAAGCAGGGGACUGCUUAAAACAAGUUAAAAUAAUUGAAAAUUAUUGUAAUUUUGCUUUUUAUAACAUAUAUUUUUUUCAAAGAAAUUUAGCCAAAGAUCUUUUAUCACUGCAGUUAAAGCCCUGCUCCGUGGCUAUUCAAAUUCUAUUGUAUGUAUGCAACCCAUGAUUACAAUAGGUAACAGUUAACGGCCACGCGCCACACUUUAGCAUGCAAAACCACAGGUAUUUUAUAUAGAAUUUUAUAUAACAUAGACUCUAUUUUGACAGGCGUCAAUGUUCAUAGUCAGGAUUUUCAUGCUUUUUCAGUGACAAUUUAAGGUUAAAAGGUAGGACUGGAGCAGUUCUUUAAGUGUUAAUUAAUUUAUUUUUAUCUUUUCAUAUUUUGUGGUUUAAUUAUUAAGAUUGGCAGUUAAGCUUUUGCCACAUUACCCUUAAUAGUGCUUGAAACUUUCUUGUUUAUUUAGAUAUAGGUGAGGUAGGCAUGGUUAUGGACAUUUGAAACACUGGUAUGUCCUUGCAUUCAGCCAUUUUAUGUUUGUUUGAUUUAUGUUUGAUGUCUUUACGGAAGGAUUACUUUAAAAAAAAAACCUGAAAUGUUUUCAAUACCGCUUGUAUAAAAUUCAAAUAAAGUGACAGUUACAUGUAUAAGCAAUACUGGUGUUCCUCAGGCUGAACGUGUACAAAUAUCAAGUCGACAUUGAUAUCGUAUCUGGAAAAAAUCACCUUUUUAGCUCACCUGUCACAUAGUGACAAGGUGAGCUUUUGUGAUCGUCCGUCGUCAGUCCGUCCGUGAGUCCGUCAACAAUUUCUUGUCUGCAUGAUAGUGGUUUCACUUAUGAUUUUAUUUUAACCAAACUUGCACACAACUUGUAUCACCAUAAGAUCUCGGUCCCUUUCUUGAACUGGCCAGAUCCCAUUAUGGGUUCCAGAGUUAUGGCCCCUGAAAGGGCCAAAAUAAGCUAUUUUGAGCUUGUCUGCACAAUAGUAGCUUUAUUUAUGAUUUUAUUUUUACUAAACUUGCACACAACUUGUAUCACCAUAAGAUUUUGGUUCCUUUCUGGAACUGGCCAGAGUUAUGGCCCAAUAUUAGCUAUUUUGAGCUUGUCUGCACAAUAGCAGCCUUAUUUAUGAUUUGAUUUUUUACCAAACUUGCACACAACUUGUAUCACCAUAAGAUCUUGACUCCUUUCUGGAACUGGCCAGAUUUAAUUAUGGGUUCCAGAGUUAUGGCCCCUGAAAGGCCCAAAAAUAGCUAUUUUGACCUUGUCUGCACAAUAGCAGCUUUAUUUAUGAUUUGAUUUUUACCAAACUUGAAGACAACUUGUAUCACCAUAAGAUCUUUGUUUCUUUCUGGAACUGGCAAGAUUCCGUUAUGGGUUCCAGAGUUAUGGCCCAUGAAGGGGUCAAAAAUAGCUAUUUUGACCUUGUCUGCACAAUAGCAGCUUCAUUUAUGAUUUGAUUUUAACCAAACUUGCACAAAACUUGUGUCACCAUAAGAUCUUGGUUCCUUUCUUGAACCCGCCAGAUCCCUUAAUGGGUUCCAGAGUUAUGGCCCCUGAUAGGGCCGGAAUUAGCUAUUUUGAGCUUGUCUGCACAAUAGCAGCUUCAUUUAUGAUUUGAAUUUAAUCAAACUUGCACAAAACUUGUGUCACCAAAAGAUCUUGGUUACAUUCUUGAACCAGCUAGAUCCUAUAA